AUGUGCACAUCCACCUUAGCCCAAAGACUCAAGUGGAAAGUGCUACCUGAUAUUUACAGCAGCGACCACCUACCAAUACUCACUUACUUCAUCCCCAGGUUAGGAGACACAAAUAAAAAUAAAAGUCGCAGAUGGAAUCUAAAAACGCCAAACUGGUCACUAUUCAGCGACAUCAUAGAAUUUGAAAUUACUAAAAUACAACACAAUGAUCAUUCAAACAUCGAAAACACAGUCAAAACUUUCACUGACAUGAUUACAUCAGCUGCAAAUAUAGCAAUAGGUAGUUCUAUAAACCUCACUAAAAAACCCAAAGUUCCCUGGUGGAACGACGAAAUCAAAAGAGCUAUUCUCAAUAAAAAGAAUGCCCUAAAUACAUAUAAAAAACAUAAAACCUUAGAAAAUUUCAUACAAUUAAAAAAACUUCGUGCUCAAGCCAAAUUUCUCAUUAAAAAAAGCAAAAAAAAUUCAUGGAAAGAAUUUACAUCAAGCAUCAACCCCAAAACCAACUCACACAUGAUAUGGAACAAAAUUCAUUCAUUAAAAGGUCUAAAUAGAAAUCAAGAAAUACACAUAACCGACGCACAAGGAACAACAUCAUCUCCAAAAGAUGUUGCUGAAAAAUUCGGCACAUACUUCCAAGCUAAUUUUAGCAAUGACAUUUACAAACAAGAUUUCAUAGACGAAAUAAAAAUACCAUCCGAAAACUCACCAAUAACCUCCACAAUAAACCCAUGCAACAGUGAACAAAUUGACCUGAACUCUAAUAUAACACUCAACGAAAUGGAAACUGCCCUUAAAAAAUGUCUGAGCAAAAGUCCAGGCCCCGACAGCAUACCUUAUUGUUUUAUAACUAACCUCGGUAUAACAGCAAACAAAUUCCUAUUAGAUAUAUACAAUAAUAUAUGGCACUCAGGAACUAUACCAGAUGAAUGGAAAAAGGGAAUAAUAAUUCCUAUUCUUAAACCAGGAAAAAAGAAACAUUCCACUGAUGGAUACAGACCCAUAACACUACUAAAUACAAUGACAAAAGUUAUGGAAAAGAUCAUAAACUUAAGACUUAUAUGGUUUCUAGAAAAAAACGAAAUAUUAUCCAAAGAACAAAGCGGUUUUCGCCACGCCAGAUCAACAAUGGAUAACCUAAUAAUAAUAAAAACAGAAAUCGAAAACGCAUUCAAACACAAACAAAUCCUCGGUAUGAUCAGUCUUGAUAUAACCAAGGCCUACGAUUCCGUAUGGAGACACAGAAUACUAACUAUACUAAGCAAAAUUUUAACAAGCGGCAACAUGUUCAAAUAUAUAUCAAACUUCCUAAAAGAAAGACAAUUUCAGGUCAAAGUAUCAAAUACCUUAUCCAAUACGUUCUAUCAAGAAAACGGUAUUCCACAAGGAUCCUCUCUGGCAGUUACAUUAUUUCUCUUAGCUAUUAAUGAUAUCGUUGAAACAAUACAAGUUCCCGUAAUAUCCAACCUCUAUGCAGACGAUUUCAACAUACUAUGCAGAAGCAAUAACCUAAAUACAGUGCAAGAGUUUCUCCAAAAAAGUGCGAACAACUUAUCAGAUUGGUCAAAAAAAACAGGCUUCUCAUUCUCUAACCUAAAAUCACAAAGCAUCAUCUUCACAAAACGAAGGAAAAUAAAACCCCUAAAAAUAACACUAGACAACCUCGUCAUACCCAACCAAGAUAAAAUAAAAAUACUAGGAAUUACAUUCGACUCCAAACUAAAUUGGUUACCUCACCUUAAAAACAUCCGUGAUUCACUAUCUCAAAAACUCAAUAUAAUUAAAAUAAUUUCACAUACAACUUGGGGUGGGGACAGCUCUACCCUUUUAAUGAUCUAUAGAGCUUUAAUCAGAUCAAAAACAGACUAUGGCUCAAUAUUAUUCAACAAUGCUAACACCUCCCACUUAAAUAUGAUUCAAACCAAACUCAAUACUGCCAUAAGAUUAUCAAUCGGGGGAUUUAAAUCCAGCCCAAUUGAGAGCAUUAGAAACAUCGCCAACGAAAUUUCCCCUAAACUCAGAAGGGAAAAACUACUUCUAUUGCAUUGUGCCAGAACCAAAAGAAAUACAAACAACCCAGCAACCAAAAUAAUAAACACAUAUAUACAAGAAGCUGAAAAAGAAAAUAUAAAAAUAAACAACAUUCUAGAUAGAAAACCCUAUAACUUUCCCCCAUGGAACACGACAUUCAACGUCAACCUCUCACUAACAAAUUUCAAAAAAGAAAACACAAUUCCCUCCAUAUAUAAAAACAUGCUUCAAAAUAUACUGCAAGAGCAUCCAAACAGUGUACAAAUUUAUACUGAUGCCUCCAAAACCAACAACGGAGUCGGGGUUGCAAUGAUAGUAAAUAAUCAAAAAAUAACAUAUAAACUUCCUCCCCAAGCCUCAAUAUUUACAGCAGAAGCGAUUGCAAUAUACAAAGCAGCCAAAUAUUUCCACUCAGAAUGCGUAAGCCCCGAAACUAAAUGCAUAAUUCUUAGCGACUCACUAAGCAAUCUAAUAGCAAUCACAAAUACAAGUAACCCGCCCGAUACCACAAAGCUCAUCCAAGAAGAAACCUUCCAGGCUGGCAAAAAAGGGAAACAAAUCCUAUUUGUAUGGAUUCCUGGACAUAGUGGUAUACUGGGAAACGAAAUAGCGGAUAAAGAAGCUCAUACGCAAUAG